AUGGGCCUGUCGCGCCCUGUGAAGAUGCGGUCGGUCGGUCCCGUUGCGGAGUUCCUUACUGCUCCUGCUCCCGAGGUCGCUUCGAGGUGGCCUUCCCAACGACCCGCCCUGCUCAGCUACCACACACUCGUACCACGAAACAGCUCCUCGUUGUUGCCAUUGCAUGGCAACAGGCUCGGCUCUUGCGGGAGGGAUGAGCUGCAUGCUGAAACGAUGUGCAGUAGGGUGCCGCCCUAG